CCGGAGUAAAUGUGGUGGGGCCGAGCCCACAAUCGGGAAUGAUGGGGAGACCCCUCACUCCACAGGCCCGACUGGCACAGGUAGCACGAACGAGAAGUCAAGCCAAGGCCAGUGCCAACCAAGAACCUCCGAGAAGGGAGCCCGAACCAGGAAGGAGGAAAGAGGUCGUGGAAGUGGAGGACGACGAUGAUGAGGAGGAAGAAGACGAGAGGCUGCGUCAAGAAAAGGAUCAGAGAGCAGAGCAGCGGGCAAGCAAAAAGGGGACCAGGGGAGAGGUUGAACCGAUUAUACGUGACGGACCGCCCAAAAAGAAGAAAUACGCGGUUCGGUUGGAGGAGGGAUUUGACGUAGAGAAAGUGAUCGACCGGUUGAUGGAAGGGCAUAAUGACCUCAUGACCUUGAAGGAAAUCCUAGCGUCGGCCCCGCGGCUCCGCGACGAACUGAAGGGGAGAUUGUCGCGACACCUGGUGCUCAAUGUCCAUCUGGGUAUGAUCCUGCCCAAGGAGGCUGAGUGGGCGGAGUCGGGUACAAAAAUGGUCUGGAAGUGUGUAGCUUGCGGCACGGUGAAUUUGGUGGUGAAGGGUUCCAAGUGCGCGGCAAUGGUGGACACUGGGAUGAACAUUAUCCGGGAGGCGGACGCGAUCAGAUUCGGGCUGGAUAUAGACCGUUCUGACUGCGGUAUUCUGCAUGGAGCCAGUUGCAAGGCCGUAUUUUGUGGGACAGCCUCGAAUGUACUCAUCGAGGUUGGAAAGGUGAAGGUCCGGGCUUGUUUCUUCAUCAUGCCGGAUGUGGAUCACGGAAUCCUCCUAGGGAGGUCAUUCCUAAGUAGGACGGAGACCGUGAUGUUCAAUAAGCAUGACGGGACGUUAAUUCUCCUCCUAUGCGACCCUGCCUGCGGGAAUUACGAAAUAAUUACCUGCAGGAACACAGGGCCAAAGAGUAUAAGGAACCGGCCCAAUCCAGGAUCAUUCACAAUCGAGGAGUCGGAAGGGGAGCGUAGGAGGCUCUGGGCAGAGCCCGAAGCAGGAGAGAGGGUGGAAGCAUUUUUCCUCAGCUUGUUGGACGUCGGGAAGGCCAUGGACUUGGUGGCCUCGCAUGAGAUGGCAGAUCCGGAUGCCAUCCAGACCUUGAGGGAACAAGUUCUGGAAUGCCCUGAGGCAGGGAGGUUGGAGCUGGUAUAUCGGCUCCCGGGCGGCGGGAAGGGUCCCGCAUCAGCGCAAACGCAGUCUGGCACUUACAGGCAGCAGGCGGUGACAUCGUAUUACAACGACCCACUGGAGCACGCAUGGCACCUGCAAAUCAUGCGAUUUCUUGUCGAGAGCGGCAUGGCGUUCAACUGCGUGAAGCUUGAGAGCUUCAAACGCAUGUUGACAAUGAUCAUCCCACCUGGGGUUCCCGGGUUGCCCACCCCGAAACCUCCGACAUAUCACAUGAUCCGUACCUCGCUUUUGGAUGAGCUUGAUGCGGAAGUUCAAAAGUGUGUGAAACCCGUCCUUGCUACUUCGGCAACCUACGGAUGCACGAUCAUGAUAAACGGGUGGACCAACAUUCGGGGCCAAACGUUGUGCAACUACCUCGUCGGGACCACGCGGGGCGCGACAUACGUCGCGACAGAUGUCAUGCGAGGAAAGAAGGAUGCCGCCGCUCUGGCGCAGGCUUGGCUGCGAAGGUUGAAGUCCCUUGACAUCAAGCUUGCAGACAUCACCGUGUUCGUCACAGAGUCGGCUAGUUCCAACGUUUCUGCGAUGGAGGUGUUCCGGAAGGAUGAGAGUGUUAAGCACAUCUUCUGGAUUCCUUGUGUGGCGCACGUCAUGGACCUCAUCCUCGAGGACAUCGACGACAUUGAGUGGGUGGAGACCCGCAUUGCUCAGGCGCGGGUGGUCACAAAGUUUUUCAAGCGCCAUAGCCAUGCUCGCGAGGUUUUGCAAUCUUUCUCGACAGCUGCACUGUUGCUUCCUGCCGAGACUCGCUUCGGCACGCAUGUCAUUAUGAUGCGGCGGCUUCUUAAGUUGCAAUCGCAUCUCAUGAGGGUGGUGAUCGACGAUCGGUGGAAGGACACUGUUUGGGCGACGAAGAAGAUUAGAGACGACGCCGCGGACGUCAUAGCAUGUGUCGGUUGUCCUCGGUGGUGGGAGGAUAUGACGGCGUUGUGCAAGUUGUUGGAUCCCAUCAUGGACAUGCUGCAGAUGGUGAACAGCAACACGAGGCAGAUUGGCAAGAUUUUACGUCGGUACGACGAGAUGAUCGUGCGUUGUUUGUCAUCAUGUGCCUCGUUUGACAGGGGUGAUCAGGACGCAGUUCUCGAGGUGUUUGACAGACGCCGCACAAUAUUCAAGUCGCCUGCUCAUAUUGCUGCCAUGAUGUUGGAUCCCGAGUUUCGAGAGCGCACGAUGCCAGACAACGACGAGAUGCAGCAGGGUUUGAAAGUCGCUCUUGUUCAGUUCGGGUACCCGGAGGGUUCGGAUCAGCACAACGAGAUGCUGGCUGCCGUUGACAAGUUUCACACCAGGGAACCCCCGUUCGACGACGUGGCCAUGGACCGAGCGGCGAGGAGCUACACCCAUCCAGCCACGUUUUGGGAGUCGAAGGAGAAGAGGUUCCCGCACACGACCGUCUUUGUCGGCAGGAUACUGCGUGUGUGGGUGACUGCAUCGCCCUGCGAGCGAGCAUGGUCCUGCUGGAGCUUCAUCCACUCCAAAUCUCGAAAUAGAUUGGAGGUGGCACGAGACGAGAAGCUCGUGCGAUGCAACUGGAACCUUCGACUCCUCGACAGGCAGGGUAUGUCGGACGAUGCUCCCAACGACAGGCCACAUCCAUACGGGAGCUGGGUGCACUAUUGGCAGCAGGUGGAGGAGGAGGUGCCCACUGACCAGCAGCUUGUCGCCGACAGAGGAGCCCGUGUUGCAGUGACGCAUGAGGAGUUGUUGCACGCUAGAGAGAGGAUGCGUGCCGUGUCCCACAUGGGAGCCGCUCGUCGUUUGCGAGAGUCAGAGAGGAGGAGACGUCGUGGAGGUGGUCGCGGAGGUGGUCGUCGGGCCGGUCGUGGGCGAGGCGGGCGUGGAGGUCCUGACAGGAGGAGGAGUGUCUCGAGUCGUGGAGAUGGCGACAGCGAUUUCGACGAUCGUCACCCGGACGUGGACGACGAUGACGGCUCCGGAGGCGAUGAUCGUAGUGAUGGGGGAGAUCAGCCACGACCCCGCUCGACACGGAGAGACGACGAUAGAGGGCUUGACGAGGGAGCGGGACAUUGCCGUGUUGAUGGUGACGCUGAUGCAGGGAGCGGUGCAGUGGCCUCAAGACCUGCAAACGGUGACACCAUAGACGUCCGGGGGGUGGGAGGCGAGCACCGCACAGCCUCGGAUGGGGUGCGAGAUGGAGCGACUGAUGGUGGUGCAGGACUUGUGGAUGGCGGUGGCUUGAGACGUUUGAAGCGCGGACCCAGGGAACGAGACACUAUCGCUUCCCGUGUGCGCAGACGUCAUGGCGGGGUUCCCGACAUUCCAAGAGCAGCAGUCCCUCAAUUUGAGCAUAUUCCUGUUUCAGAGGACUCUUUGAGCGACCAUGCCGACGAGGAGCGGAUGGAGGUGAUUGACGGGACCGGUCAUGCCGUUAGUGACACUUUCAGUAUACACGCGGCAGCUCCGACGGGGUCCUCGACAACAAUCCAGGAGUCGGAAUCGGGUCUGGCACCGUCGAUGCGUCAUCCCGAGUUGAAGGGAGACAACGGUGUUCUUCCGGUGAUGGACGACGAGGGUUCGGCUCAUUCACUGCAUCAGCUCACUUCUGCUGUAGCCAUGGAGGGGGUUGAGAGGCAGCAACCAAGUACACAGGGAGCCAAUGCAGUUGUGAGAGAUCCAAUGGAACUUAUGCUGUAGUACAGUAAGGAGUAUCCCGACGUC